GGCUGCGGCCUCCUUUCCCUCGCCGUUCCCCCCUCUCCGGCCUCGUAUGGAGAAUGGGAGCCCCCGCGGGCACUCGGAGCGGCCGCCCCCUCCUGCCUUUCCCGGCUUGGCGAGGCGGCCCGAGGCGACGUGGGCGAGCGCCGGGGCUUCUGCUCGGCCCAGCCGGUUGACGCCGUGUCUGUGCGUGGUGGGCUUCUUGGAUUUCUUUGGUGUCAGCAUGGUUGUCCCCUUAUUAAGCCUUCAUGUCAAGUCUUUGGGAGCAAGCCCAACAGUGGCAGGAGUGGUAGGAUCUUUAUAUGGACUACUGCAGCUCUUUUCCAGCACCUUGGUGGGAUCUUGGAGUGAUAUAGUAGGAAGACCCUAUUGCCUACUUUCCUGCAUUCUGUUCAGUGCAUUGGGUUAUUUUGUCCUUGGCAUGUCCACAAAUAUGUUUUUAUUUGCUGUCGCCCGGAUUAUUGUUGGAAUUUUUAAACACACGCACUCUGUUUCAAAAGUUCUCAUUUCUGACUUGGUUUCCGAGAGAGAGCGCCUCCUUGUCAUAGGACACUUCAACGGAGCCUCCAAUUUUGGAUUCAUUCUUGGACCAAUGGUUGGAGGCUACCUUACGGAGCUAGAGGGUGGCUUUUACCUGACAGCCUUCAUCUGUGCUUCGAUUUUCAUCCUGAAUGCUGGCCUUUGCUGGAUGCUGCUCUCAUAUGAAGAAAACGCACAUGGUAAAGAAAGGUUCGGUAGCAAGAAAGCAAGAUCCAGCCCCUCAGCGGAAGCAAAACAAAGCCUGCAGAUCAAAUCUGUACCCGACGAAGCCACAAAGUGUCAUAUUCUUGCCAGAUCAUCUUGGACUGAGGUGGUCUCUAUGCUGAAGAAUCUUGGCAGCAUUGCAAGUUCUGAUCUGUGGGAUAUUUUUCUUGUACGACUACUGAUGUCUGUUUCCAUCAUGCUGUACCAUAGCAACUUUGUCUUGGCACUGGAAGAAAGGUUUGGGAUGAAGCCGAAACACACUGGCUACCUCAUAAGCUACAGCAGCACGCUCGGAGUCGCCGCCGGUUUCCUGCUCGGACCAAUUGCAAGACUGUAUCGGCGCAAUAACCAUGCCAUUUUAUUACGAUCCACCAUCCUCACUUGUUCACUGCUGAUGCUGUAUUCUGUAUCAGCCAGUAUGUGGACAGUGGUCUUGUCCUCCACCAUUCUGGCAUUUUCAACUACCGUUGGACGUACUUGCAUUACUGACCUUGAGUUGACUCUGGGCAGGGACCAGGCCAGUGGCAUGCUCAUAGGCAUCGGUCAGUCUGUGUCAGCUAUGGGCCGCAUAGUUGCCCCUCUUCUCUCAGGGAUUGCCCAGGAGUUCAGUCCGUGUGGGCCCCCCAGUCUCGGAGCUGUGUUGGGGUUUGUCGCUGUUCUGAUCAUGUUUUUUAAUCAACCACGAUACCGUAGCGAGAGGGACUCCAAAUUGAAAAUUGCGUAGUGGACUGUUCAUUGUAGUCUUGAAUGAAUAGCCAAGCAGUUGAGAGAAAGGAAGAUGUGGUAUCAAAGAUCUGAAACACGGAGGUUCCAGUUAAUUCUUUCAGGAAGUAUGUUGCAAAGUCUUCUGAGACCAGUGGUUUGUCGACCCGUUGUCUGGACGGAACUACAGUGAGAGUCACACAGCUAAAGAAUAUUACUGUCUCUAGUACAAACAGAAUGUUAUUGAGCACUGCUCUAGCAUUUUUUUUAAAGAAAUGUCAGUCUGAAAGGAUGCUGUCUCCAAACGUUUGAUACCACCAGUAGUCAAAAUGUGACUACAGUUGUGCAUUACCAAUAUACCUGACAUUGGGGAAUGGAGCUUAUGAGGUGAGCCUCUGAUUCAGAGGUAAAAUUAGAUCUCAGAAUAUGAGGUAGAUCCUGAAGAGGUGCAGACAGUUGCUGGAACGGAUGCAGGAUGAGACCUGAGGCUUUCCCACAGUGCUGAUGUUAUUCUACACACAAAAGUGGCACAGAGACCCUGGAUAUAUGCAAUGUGUGUGUGUGUGUUUUCUUCCACCAGUGCUUUCAUUCUUGCUUUAGCACCGUUGUAGUGGAGUGGGGAUUAUUCUUCCUGGGAUCUGGCCACCCGGGAGGUCAGAAAGCCAGAGCUGAAAUAUGCAGGGAGAAUAAAAAUUUGCUGUGCUUUCAAAGGAAGCUCUCACACCUGCCCCUUUUCUUCCUUUUGCUUGGUUUUUACCCGGGUUGAAUGCUCUUUCCAGUGGUGCAAAGUGCCAUGUCCCCAAAGCCUCGUAGGUGUCUCUUGUAUUUGCCAUGGAGAAGCAGAGCAGGAAGGAGGAUUGCCCUCCCCCUGCAGCAAAGAGCCUUGGGAAGGGGGUUGUGGCUGGAGCACCCUCUCUCCCACUGAGUACAGCCAACACACACACUUUCCAGAGAGUUCAGUGAGCUCAGUUUUUCUAGGUGGUGAAGGACCAUUCGUUUGGCAAGCAGGAACAAGAGUUUUGCAUGAUGUAUUAAAGCGUGAUAUGAUGUCACUGCUAUUGAAGUUAAAAUAAGUUUGAUGAUGAUGAUCACUAACACAAAGUUCAGAGUAGGAAACCGUUUUCCCAGUGCUGUUCUACUUUCGUAGUUUGUUUUCUGAAAGCUGAGCUUUGAAAAAUAGAUGUAUAUAUUCUUCAGGGAAAUCCCAGUUCUCGUACCACAGAUCAGCUGCUUGGUUUAAUCAGCUGCAUUUAGAAUGCAAUAAAAUUAAGUUUGGGCUUUUGUUCAGUUAAAAUGGCAUUGGUGCAGGGCUACGCAGUUGCAACCCACCAAGCUUGAACAUAGGCAACCAACUUAGUGUUAUACCGACAAGGUGUGCAGUAAUGCAACCCUGAAUUUGAAUCUCAAGGCAGACAGCAUGAUUGAGCACCUGGUGGGCUCUUCCAGCUUGGUAGAUCCCACUUGAAACUAAAAAGAAUGUGAUGUAUUCAAUGAAUGUUAAGUUUACCAAAUGGGCAAGAUAGAAAUAGGUCACAUAUCUUUUAAGUCACUUCUGUAAUUCUAAGCGCACGGGAUUGAAUCCAGUAGAAAGGGAUGAUUCUUCAGCGUCUCC